CACGAAUAUCUAUAAAUGGGCACACGAACACGAAGAAAUACGUCACCUUCGAUUUCAUAUUUUAAACCGGUGUUUUUCGUAGUUCUUUUUGUUCGGCCAUACGCCUGCGCCCCACCAUUUAGGCGACACCCACACACCGAAGAUUGGCGACUAAUCUUUGUAGUCACGUUAAUCUGUUACAGCUAUUUAACCAGUUCACUGCAGGAAUUGGAUCUUUUCAGCACUUCUCUCCAGGGACUCAAACUAGCAAUGGCCAAGUUCUCAGAGUCUGCGGAGUGUCUUGAAAAACUGCUGCCUUCAUCGGAAGGGAAAGAAAUCUUGGUUCCUCUCACAAGUUCUAUGUAUGUUCCAGGUAGACUAGUCGACAUCAACAAACUUGCCUUAGAUAUUGGAACGGGAUAUUACGUCGAGAAGGACAUUACUGGCUCUAAGGACUACUUCAAGAGAAGAAUAAAGUACCUCACUGAAAAAAUCGAUCAAAUUCACAAAGUUGCUCAGGAGAAGGUUUCACUUAGAGAUGCUAUAAUUGGAGCUCUUGAAGAGAAACUGCAAGCAAAUUAUAGUGCUCAACUUCAAAAAGGCAGUGGCUCAAAAGGCUAAUGUUUUGGGACGUUGUAAGUUUUUAUGAUUCUGGUAAUGCAGGUGAACCAAUAAAGUGAGGAAGAAAAAGAU